AUGACAAUUCCAUCAACUCCUAAAAAGCCAAACUUUUUAAUCAUCGUAGCCGAUGAUCUUGGAUUCACCGACACAUCUCCAUUUGGAGGUGAGAUCCACACUCCUAACUUACAUAAACUUGCACUCAACCGCGGGGUCAGACUUACUGACUUCCACACUGCUUCAGCUUGCUCACCCACCAGAUCCAUGUUGUUGAGUGGGACCGACAAUCACAUUGCUGGAUUAGGACAGAUGGCCGAGUUUGCCAGUAGACACCCCGAGAAGUUCCAAGGCAAACCCGGAUACGAAGGAUACCUUAAUGAUCGUGUCGUCGCCCUUCCUGAAAUCUUACGUGAUGCGGGUUAUCACACUUUCAUCUCGGGAAAAUGGCACUUGGGAUUAAAAAAGGAAUAUUGGCCAAUCAACCGUGGUUUCACUAAAUCUUGGACGUUGUUGCCUGGUGCAGGAAAUCAUUAUAAGCGCGUAUUGCGCGACGAUCAAGGAAACCAACUUCCUUUCUUGCCCAGUUUGUACGUGGAAGACGAUAAGGAAUUAGACCCUGAAAAGGACUUGCCCGAGGAUUUCUAUUCCACCACCACAUUUACCGAUAAAGCCAUUGAGUUUAUCGAUUCUACACCAGAGGAUAAACCAUUUUUUGGGUUCUUGACUUAUACCGCUCCUCACUGGCCAUACCAGGCUCCUCAAGACCGUAUUGAAAAAUACAAAGGUGUAUACGAUAAUGGUCCAGAAGAAUUGAGAAGAGCUAGAUUAGCCAGGGCUGCAAAGUUGGGUAUUAUUGAUUCUUCAGUAACUCCACAUCCUAUCAAGACCAUCAGAAAGAGAUGGUCCGAAUUGUCUGACAAAGAAAGGGAAGUGGAAUCUAAGAUCGUGGCUACAUAUGCUGCUAUGGUGGAGAUCUUGGAUGAAAACAUUGGAAGAGUUAUCGAUCAUUUAGAAAAGAAACAAGAGUUGGAUAACACUUUCGUCUUGUUCAUGUCAGAUAACGGUGCUGAAGGAAUGUUGAUGGAGGCAUUACCCUUGACUAACCAACGUAUCAACAAUUUCAUCAAGAAUCACUAUGACAAUUCGGUAGAAAACAUUGGUAACAAAGACUCUUUUGUUUUCUAUGGAGACCAAUGGGCACAGGCUGCCACUUCUCCUCAUGCAAUGUAUAAAAUGUGGAGUACCGAAGGGGCUAUUGUGUGUCCUUUAAUCGUUCACUAUCCUCCAUUGUUGGAACAAAACCAUGGUAAGAUUCUUAACAAGUUCACUACAGUUAUGGACAUCUUACCUACUGUUCUUGAAUUGGCUGGUGUACAACACCCAGGAAAGGAAUAUAAAGGCAGGGAAGUUGCCAUUCCAAGAGGUAAAUCUUGGGUGAGCUACUUGGGUGACAAGUCUGGCCAAGUCCAUUCUGAUGAUACUGUCACUGGUUGGGAAUUGUUUGGUCAACAAGCAAUUAGAAAAGGUGAUUAUAAAGCAAUUUACAUUCCUAAACCAUUUGGUCCAGAGAAAUGGCAAUUGUUUAACAUCAUUGCCGACCCUGGUGAAAUCCAUGAUCUUGCCGAGACCGAACCAAAAGUGUUGGAAGAAUUGGUUGGUCAUUGGGCCGUUUAUGCUGCUGAAACUGGUUUAAUCGAACUUGGUCCUGACUUAUUUGAAAAAGAAAAGAUUGAAGGCGAAGAUAAUGAAGUAAUUUACAGAAUUAUAUUAGAUAACUAGAAUACACAUCUACUUUUGUUUAUGCUUUCUCUUUUCUUUACGAGUUUCCUUGAUGGCAUCUUCAUUGGGAAUCCAGAUUUCAUUCUCCUUGGCUUCUUCAGGUACUCUAGGGCCAUUUUUGUCAUGGAAAACUUCCUUUCUCCAUUCUUGUAAAUGCUUCUUCUUGGUGUAUUUCCGUUUAUCCUUGAGUCUAAGUUCCUUUGGUCUAUAAGGAGCGAACUUCUUGAUACCAAUAAAUGAAUUCAACUGCUUAUCAUCAGCCAAGAUGAUAUCUCUGGUGGUUAAUCCAAAUGAUUCCGGUGAGACCUCUCUAUAUUUGAAUUUGACUUCGUCCUUGUUCUUCAGACGACCACGUUCUUCUUCGACUUCAUCAAUGAUUUUCAAUGUGUUGGCUUCGAUUAUCUGUUGGGCUUUUUCUUUAAGUGAUUCCUUUUCUUUCUUGGCUGAUUUCUUUUCCUUGAGCUUGUCCUUCUUGGAUUUUUUACUAACGGGCUCAGCUACUUCUUCUUCUUCUUCUUCUUUGUCUUCUUCAUCGUCUUGUUCAUUCUCGUAGUACUCGCCCAUUAUUUCAUCAUCCUCAUCCCAUUCAGGCUUGACAUUCUCAGCAUCAUAGUACUGCUCAUUGAAGAUCUCGGCCAUCUUGCUAUCCCAAUCGGCAUCGUCAAAGUCUUCCUGUAAUAACGAAUCCCCAAACACCUUUUCAAUAACCUCAUCACUAACUUGAUCACCAACAGCCUCCUUAAUCUUACUCAAUCUAUCCAUAACUUUAUUCAACUUGCUGGUCUUUUUCUUCUUGACCAUUUCAUUUAUCUCUUGUUCUUCCUGUUCCUUUUGCUCGAGUUUCUUUUCACGUUGUCUCUUACGCGAGUUUGUCUUUGAUCGUCUCAAAGUUGCUUGAUUACGAGCAUAACUGACAAUCUCAGCCGCAUUAGGAUCUUCGUAUCUGAAAUUAUAAGCAUGUUCAAACGAAUCAACGGCGUUAUCGAACUCAUCCUCAUCCUCAGCUUCAAUCUUGUCCAAAUUGAUGACCUUGUCUCCUUUCUUAGGAAUCCACGCUUGGUUGUCAAGGAAGGCUGAUAAGAACGAGUCCGGGUCCUUAGAAGGAUCAGGCAACUUUGUCACGGGAGCAUCAUCUUGUUUCACUUCUGCUUCCUUUUUGUGCAAAAAAUCAUCAUCAUCGUCGUCUUCGUCGUCGUCAAAUGCCUUCUUGAUAUCCAUCAAGAGCUGAUCACGGUCUUCCCUUUGUAAAGUAUUGUACGACUUUUCACCAUCAACGGUUUCGCUCUCAUCCUUGUAUCCCCCAGCUAAAAGGUUUUCACGAUGGUAAUCCUUCAAGUAGAGAGGUUUCUCCUUCUUGUUCACCUCGUAAUUCUCGGCCUCGGGAUCGUUGAAGAAUUUUGCAUUGGGGUCAAGAAGUUUCUCAGGGUUGCUCUUGAGGAGACCUAACACGUUGUUGAUCCCUGAUUCGACGUCUUCAGUUAUGAGAUCUCCGAAUUCGUCUUCUUCUUCGGAGGACGAGGAUUCGUCUUCUGAAAGUUCUUCUUUUGGUUUUGGCUCAGGCUUUUGUUCUGGUUUUGGUUCAGAUGGAGCGAUUGUCGAGGUGCUUUCUUUGAGCUCGGCUUCUCUUGCCUUCUUGGCAGCAGACUUCUUUCUGGCCAUGAUUGGUUUGCUAAAGGUUGAUGCUGUUUGUU